AUGAGCAAGCUCGGCGAUCAGAUUGUUUCGGACGAGCCCGUGGGCAACGGCGUUUCCAGCACCUCCCCAAUCAAGUCGAAAGCAAUUUCGCCUGUAGUAGAACAAGCCACAGUUGAACCAUCUCCUCCUAGCAAGGAUGAGACGGACGACUUCGAACGGCUCCGACCGGUCGGUAGCGAGAAGAGCGCGACAAGACCGACCAAGCUGGAAGACUUGUCUCCGCAUCAACAGAAGAUCCUAGACAAGUUCCGCGACUCGUUGAAGAAGACACUCGGUGACGAGUUGCGCACCACCCUCGACGCUCACAAAGCACGCGAGGAGGCGGUUGAGAUCGACCGAAUAGCGAAACGCGUUGAUAGCAGGGGGCUAGGUGCGGUGCCGCUCCCAGACGGGCUGGACAGCGACCAGGAGAGAAUACUCCGCGAUGCCUUGAUCAAACGGGAACAAGAGGAAAUCGAGGCGAGACAGAAGGAAGAGAGGGAGAGGUUGGAAAAGGGCCUAGCUGAGCUUGAUCUCGCUGCGAAGCAAGCUAAAGCGACAAUGGGAAAAGGGGAAGCCACAAAGGCAGGGAUUGAAACGUGGCUUGACAGCUUGCACGGCGAUGAUGCUUGGAUGUUGGAGGAUCCGAAAGAUCACAUCGCUCCGGGGAGAUCGGGAUCCAUAUCACAGAAAGAACAAAGCCUUCAGCCAGAUGAAUCGAUCGAGGAGCGCGAAAAAAGGCUCGCCCAAGCUGCAAAGCGCCUGGCACGCGAUCUGAAGAUGGUGGAGGGAUUGCGUCAGGCCCGUCUGGAGUUGUCCACUGGACGGCGGAAUUCCGUGUCAGACAGGGACAGGCGACUUUCCCUGUCAGAAGAGUCUGAAGGUAUCGACAGGGUACAUGCCGUUUGGAAAGAUGCCUUGCUCGAGCGAGCGCGUAGCGAAGGGAUCACGUCUUUCGAACAGACCACGGUGCAAACACUUUACCCAACGGACGAAACGGCCUCGUCUGAAAUCACUGAAGCAGAGAUCCGCGCGAAUGUGGGAAAGCCACUCAUGGGCUACCUUGGUAUGGGCCCAAAUUCGGCUGUCGACAGAGCAUUGGGUGAAAAGCCUGUGGAGAUAGAUCAUGCCCCGGAUGGAGCAGUCUACACCGAGCGACUCCAGGUUCCAGUUGAUCAAUACAUCGAUCCUGACAACUUAGCUAGACGGAAAGCUCUGGCCAGUUGGUACGCUAGAGAUAGAUUGGAAAUAUAUCGAAAAUCGAAGGAACUCUCUUCAACCAGACCGCCUGUGAUCUACAACGCCCCCGAGUCCUCUUCUUCGGCAUCGAUCUCUACGCCUUCUUCGCCCGCAAGCUCUCCUGCGAACGGCAGCAGCGUGGGGGUUUCUCCUGCCGGGACACCAGCGUCAUCAGUGGCCGGUUCCCCAACCUCGAUGCAACCUGUUGGCUCAAUGGAACCUACCGUAGCUGGCCCUAAAUCCGGCGAGGCAGAUGGGAAAGACGGCGAUGAUACAGUCAGCUUGGCUGGAUCCGAUGAGGGCGACAAGGGCGACAAGGGCGGCAUUAGCGGAGACGGGAUAGAUGACGGGGCGAGUGAUCUUGAUAUCGGGAACCAGAGCACCAUCAGCGAUACGGACGAUGCUAAGACAGUAGUGACUACGGUUUGA